UAGAAGUUCGAGUGUGUCUUGCCUCGCUGUUACCAUAUCUGCAAGUGUUUCUGAGAUUACUCUGUUCUUGUGCUUAGCUUCACUUCCAUUAUCUCUGAGCUUCAGCAAUGGCUUCCCUUUCAGCUACCAUUCUCUGCAGCUUCCAGUCCUUGCAAAGCCAUACAAUCAAGACUAGCCUGCAGGUAACAAGAACAAGCUUGGUAUCUACUGGCUGGGGGAAGGGUGGCUUCACUUCUUUGAGAACUUCCCGUUUUCGCAUCUGCUCUGCUGCCAAGCCGGAGACAGUGCAAAAGGUGGUCGAGAUUGUGAGGAAGCAACUGGCUUUGCCGGCGGAGUCCGAGGUCACACCGGACUCCAAGUUCUCAACACUUGGUGCCGAUUCUCUUGACACUGUGGAGAUAGUGAUGGGUUUGGAGGAAGAGUUUGACAUCAACGUGGAAGAGGACAACUCUCAGAACAUAACCACGGUUCAAGAAGCGGCUGAUUUGAUAGAGCAGCUCAUUGAGAAGAAAACACAAGCUUGAUUAUUGGCAGCCUCGCUAGGAGGAAUUGAUGAGUUUGUUUAAGUUUAUUGAUUUAUUAUGAGCGAGGAAGAAGAAAUGUGAUAAGCUAUUGGAGCGUUUGUUGAUUUUGAUUGGUUUGCAAUAUAUAUCUGGAUCGGAUUUGAGUACCUUGA